UCGUCUGAAUAAAGUUGGCGGUUUUCAGACAAACCAUGUGGAAUAAAAUUGAAAUGAAACGUUGGCAUCGUCUGUUCUACGACCAGCUGGUUCGAAGAUGGAAACAAAAUAUAGUUUUUGCUGCAGCAACAAUAUUUUUUUUACAGUUUUUAAUAGUCAAACUACAUCCUUCAGAGGUUCAGGAGUUUAAUGAGGCGCAGUGUGCAGAUAUUUAUCCAAAAUUAAAGCAAGGACUAAUCAGUGUUAACGAAGGGAUGAGAACUCUUGUCGGACACGAAUUAAAGUUAAUUGGAGAAAAAGAGUUUGAUGUCACUGGAUACACUGUAAAAAGACCUCUUCUUAACUGCUUAGACCAAGAAGAUGAGCUGCUCCACAGGACGAUAAAAGAGAAAUAUUUUGUAAAAGGGAAUGUGAGCGGUCGUGGAUUUUCUAAACCUUACGAAGAACUUAAACAUCCAUAUCAAACACAGGAUUUACUGGAAUUAGUGUUCAAGGAACUGCGGAACGGAUUCUAUGUUGAAGCUGGUGCAUGGGACUCAGAGCAGAUGUCUGUCAGUUUGUUGUUUGAAGUUGGUUUCAACUGGACUGGAAUAUUAAUUGAAGCCAACCCCUGGGAUCAUCAGCUCGGUCUUCUUAGAAAUAGAAAUGCACUUUACUUAAACACCUGUUUGGGACUAACAGUUCGACCUCAGUUCUCAGACUUUGUUUUCACUCCAGCUGUGGAGGUCAAGGAAGGUCAAUGGAUGGCCUCUAUGGGAGGAUUAUCUGAAACUCUACUGAAUCCUGAUAGCAUUAAACUACAGUGUUUUCCUUUCUACAGUAUACUUAUGGCAGCUGGUAACCCUACCGUAAACCUACUAAUACUGGAUAUCGAGGGAGCUGAGUUUGCUGUACUAAAAACUAUCCCUUGGAAUAAAGUAGAUAUUCAGGUGAUGACCAUAGAAACUGAUCUGAUUGGAAAAGCAGGAAUAUCAGGAGGAUCACAGGAAGAAGCAAGAGAGUUUAUUAUUUCUAAGGGAUAUACCUUGUUUAAACACAGAAAUAACAUUAACCCGGUAACAGGUUUGGAAAACAAUGAUUUGUUUAUAAGAAAUGAUAUUGUGAAGAAGUGGAAUAUUAAGUUCCCUGAACCUUUAAAUUAAUAUGCUUUCAGUUGAUAUUUGAAUCUUAUGUUAUAUUCAAUGUGAUAAUACUGCAUUUAAAAUUUAAAUAAAA